AAGGCCAUUAGCAAUGAAAAAAGAAAGCAUUCAGACGAGGAAACGCAAACCAAAGAUGCCCAAAAGCAAAGCAUCCUCAGGGUCAACAGUGUCUGGCGCUAUGUCUCCCACUUCAUUGCCUGUGUCAGAGAACGCCUCUACAAUAAAGAGGGAACCCAGUAUCGCAGCUUCACCAUAUGCAGGCCAAACUGUUGUCUCAGUCACACAGGCAUCGACACAGUUGGACAGUGCCAGUUCAGCACAUGUGGACAUCAAAUAUGAAGACUACACGUACACCCCGACGUCAAUCGCCCCACAGAAUUCCUGGUGUGCGCUGUCCCAAGCGUGAUCUGAGACCUACUACCUUCUCUAAACCUCUCCAGUGCAUUCUGGGAGAAAAGACUUUUAACAAGAUCUACCUAAUAGAACCUUUACACAAAUGUAGACAGACGGAUCUUAGGAAUGCAAGAGACUGACUGUAAUUUGUGCUACUUUGCCUCAUUGUUUUAACGUGGCAUAUCUGUCGGUGACGUCACGGCCAAUUCACGCAAUUCCGCCAAAAUACGGCGGGCGACAAGCAGCGACUCAGCAACAGUUCUCAAGUUCCUUAAGCAAUGAUCAGGAGGACAAAAAAAAGCUUUUUAUGGCUUCUGAGCAUGUUUCAUGACUUAGAUGUUAAUGAUUAACUUUUAAGAUACAUUAUUUAUGUUGAGAUAAGAAUAGUGGAAGCACACAAGUCUCUCCCAUAAUUCCCUUUAUCCUUCAGGGAAUGCGUCUUUAUGGUCACUGUGACUUUAGAUCACAUACUUUCCCUGGAUGAGGCUUUUAAAAGUUUCUUUGUCGUCUUUGCUGAUUCCAGACACUUUUAAUGCUAAAUUGUAUUCCUCCGAUGAUCCGAAGUGCAAUGACCCUCUCUUUUCAGCAAAUUUUGAAAAGGGACACAUUUAUAUUAAUUGUUAGAAAUUUUGUGUUUUGUUUUG